UGACUGAAAUUGUGUCAACUGUCAAAUAAAUGACAUUGUUGUUUGAUUUGUUGAGUUUUGGAUACCUAUUUUAUAAAAUUAAAACUGGUAUCAACUAAUUCCAUUUAAUUAAUAACUUGAAUGUAUUGAAUCUUUAAUGUAUAAAAUGUUGUUUUAACAUUGGAUUAGAUUAUUGGGUUAAAUCGAGAAUGGCUGUCACAUUAAAAUAUAUAAUUGCCGGUUUAGUAAGAUACUGGCUCAUACACACGGAUUACUGGCAAACAAUUGCAAAUAGGGUUGAAAUAGCAACGCCUUUAAACUCGUGGAAGAGAUUAAUAGAAGGAGUUUACUUAUAUGAUCAUGGGAUAAAUCCAUAUGAAGGUGAUUCCUUUCAUGAAUCGCCUAUAAUGCUAAUAUUCUUUCACUUUCUUCUCAAGUAUGCUCCUUACGUUUUACCAGUAGUAUUUACACUAAUUGACAUGCUCACAGCAUACUUUCUGUUUAAAACAUCAAAAGCAUUUGUUCAAAUACUUCAAAAUAACCAAGAGAAGGCCAAGAAAACAAUUGCAGAGGACUCCAAGACAUUGCUUUUGGAUGAAACACAUUUGAAUGAAGUUCCAGAAUAUGUGUUAUCUGUGUAUUUAUUCAACCCUUAUUCUGUACUGAAUUGUGUUGGAAUGACUACAACAGUAAUACAAAAUCUAUUAGUGGCUGUUUCCUUGUGGGGUGCAGCGAGUGGCCAUAGACUUUUAGCAUGUUCAUUUAUUGCUCUUGCUACUCACCAAGCCCUAUAUCCAAUUACUCUUAUUGUGCCAAUAUCAAUACUAUUAGCAGAUGUCAGCAAAGGGUGCAAUAAAUGCUCAUAUAUAAGGACACUUUUAGUUUUUGUUGUGUGUUGGGGAUUCUUGAUCUUCAUAUCAGCAUUUAUUAUGGAUGGUUCUUAUAGUUAUGUUUAUAACACCUAUGGAUUUAUAUUAAAUGUUCCAGACCUGAAACCAAACAUUGGGUUGUUUUGGUACUUCUUUACAGAAAUGUUUGAGCAUUUCAGAUUAUUAUUUGUAUGUGCAUUUCAAAUAAAUGCCUUAAUUCUAUAUGUUGUGCCAUUAACGCUGAGAUUUAAGAAAGAGCCUGUAUUGUUAGCUACUGUUCUCAUUGCACUUUCAACUAUAUUCAGAUCAUAUCCUUGUAUUGGAGAUGUAGGUUUCUACUUGGCUCUAUUACCUAUGUGGAAGCAUUUAUUUACAUUUAUGCAGCAGAAGUUUAUAGCUGGUUGUGCGUUUAUCAUCACAUCAGCACUUGGACCAACAGUGUGGCACCUCUGGAUAUACUCAGGAUCGGCAAAUGCAAAUUUUUUCUUUGGUGUUACCCUUUCAUUUGCAACUGCACAAAUAUUCCUCAUCACAGAUUUAAUGUUUGCAUAUUUAAAAAGAGAGUUCACACUGAAGCAUGGUUCGUCUCGUCAAGUUGAUGGGAAACCAGCAAAGUUGGUCUUGAGAUAACUCACUAUAUUGCAUAAAUUAUUGUUUAUGAAAUAACGGAACAAAUUCAUUCUUUAACAAUGUGUGAAAUGAUGUCGCAUGGAUUAUGCAUUUAUUUUAAUAUUUGAUGUGAAUGUGUUUAGUUAAUUUUUUGCUUAUUUCUAUAGACCAAUGUGUGUCAAUCGAGACUUUGUGUAAAUAUAUGUAAAUGUUCUAUGAUUUAGAAUAAUAUUUAAUUAUGAAAUGUCAUUUUCUUGUUACACUCCAUGGCUGUUGCCUUGUUGAUAGACAAACAUUAUAUAGGACAAUACAAAUUAUAUUCCUCUAUUGGAUUUUAAGUGACAUUACUUAUUCCUGUUGCUUUUAGCAAAUGAUAAGGUACCAUGGAAAUUAAUAUAGUGCAUUGAGAUUUGAGAUUAUUUAACUGCAAUUUUUUAAUAUGUAUGUGAAUACCUACCACUUGGAUGAUUUUAAGUUGGAUUGAAGUAAUGUAUAGGUAUCAUAUGAAAAUAUACAUGUUUCAUCGUAAUAGAGCUCAUGUACAGAUAUUAAUAGACGCAUAAUAUAUAAUCUUACAUAAUUGGAAUUGCCAUGUCAUCCUCCAUUACACUAAUGCACUUUGUUUUGGUUUUUAGUAUUGUAAAAUUGUAAAUAAUCUUGUGCUUCACAUUCGUUUCAGCAAUUAUAAAUUUAUACGAUGAAAUUUUGAAGGAUAUCAUGUCUUUUCGGUUUAUAGUAAUUGCUUUGCAUUUAUAAAAUAAUUAGUAUUUAAUAACAACUUGGAAAAGAAUGGUAAUUUAUUUAUUUAUAUAGCGGUUAAAUGUUAUAAUGGGUUGUAAAGUAAUACAUUCUAUCAGUAAAAUGAGAUUCAAAGCUAUGUCCAUUACUGGAUAUAAUAAAACUGUAAUGCAUUGUAUAAUGGGCGUUGCUAGCAUGAUACCUAUCUAUAAAAAUUGAGCCCCGAGCGGCCCGAUCUGACCACGAUACAAUCGAUUUUCUAUUGUGUCUGUGAUUCCGGGGGCUGAGUUAUUACUAAUAAAAUCUAUCAAUUUCAUAAUUGACUUCUAACAUAGUGAAAUAAUAUUACCUUGAAUAUAAUAAAUAUGAUUCUUACAUAGAAAUGUUACAUAGAUGCAAAGCUAGGCAAAUGAAAUAUUACGAUUAUGUAUUUCUAUACCAAAAUGUGUUUGUGUUAUUGUCAUUCAUACGGUUUUAUAAAAUAAAAAUAAUAUUUUUACAGUU